GUGGCAAUAAAAAUCAUUGACAAGUCUCAGCUGGAUGCUGUGAAUCUGGAGAAGAUCUACAGGGAAGUGCAGAUAAUGAAGAUGCUUGAUCACCCACACAUCAUAAAGCUCUACCAGGUGAUGGAGACCAAAAGCAUGUUGUACCUUGUGACAGAAUUUGCCAAAAAUGGAGAAAUUUUCGACUACCUGGCCAGCCACGGCCGCCUGAGCGAGUCCGAGGCCAGGCGUAAGUUCUGGCAGAUCCUGUCUGCAGUGGAGUAUUGCCAUGGCAGGAAGAUUGUGCACCGUGACCUGAAGGCUGAAAAUCUGCUGCUUGACAACAACAUGAACAUCAAAAUAGCAGACUUUGGCUUUGGGAACUUCUACAAGAGUGGAGAACCACUGACAACGUGGUGUGGGAGCCCUCCCUACGCAGCCCCCGAGGUCUUCGAGGGCCAACAGUACGAGGGACCCCAGCUGGAUAUCUGGAGCAUGGGUGUAGUGCUUUACGUCCUGGUCUGUGGAGCGUUGCCUUUUGAUGGACCAACACUGCCCAUCCUGAGGCAAAGAGUUCUUGAAGGAAGGUUCAGGAUCCCUUAUUUUAUGUCAGAAGAAUGUGAACACCUGAUUAGAAGAAUGUUGGUCCUAGACCCCUCCAAACGGUUAACCAUUGCUCAGAUUAAGGAGCACAAGUGGAUGCUAAUAGAAGUUCCUGCCCAAAGGCCAAUUCUUUACCCACCAGGAGAGGAGAAUGAGCCUUCCAUCGGGGAGUACAACGAGCAGGUCUUGAGGCUCAUGCACAGCCUUGGCAUAGACCAACAGAAAACUGUUGAGUCCCUGCAGAACAAGAGUUAUAACCACUUUGCUGCUAUCUAUUACUUGCUAGUGGAAAGGCUGAAAUCCCACCGGAGCAGCUUCCCCGUGGAGCAGCGAGUCGACGCGCGGCAGCGUCGGCCCAGCACCAUCGCUGAGCAGACAGUGGCCAAGGCACAAGCUGUGGUACCCUCAGUCAACCUCCGUUCCCAAAAUGCAAGGCUGCUGCAGUCUCCAGGUCUUCCCUCAGCUUCAGGAGCAGAAGCCUUUUCCUUCCCUCCAUCCAGCUGCCAGGGAGAGACAGCGUUCAUGGAGGAGGAAAGAGUUGAGACACCAAAGGUCAACGGGUGCCUGCUGGAUCCUGUCCCUCCCGUGGUGAUGAGGAAAGGAUGCCAAUCCUUGCCCAGCAGCAUGAUGGAGACCUCUAUAGAUGAAGGCAUCGAGACAGAAGGGGAGUCAGAGGAUGAUCCUGCCCAGGCCUUCGCAGCCCUCCAGGCCGCUCGGUGUGGGAAGCGCCGGCACACCCUGGCAGAGGUCACCAACCAGCUGGUGAUGGUGCCAGGCACAGGGAAAGUCUAUUCAUUGGACGAAAACUCCUCUCUGGGCAGCAUCGACUCAGAGUAUGACAUGGGAUCCAUUCAGAGAGACGUGAAAUUCCUGGGAGAGACUCCUUCCCUGAAGGAAAUGGUGCUGAGCAGCCCCCAAGCACCCAGGAUGACCUCCCCUUUCAUUGGGCUGAGGCCUGCCAACCCAGCCAUGCAGGCACUGAGCUCCCAGAAGAGAGAGGCUCACAACCGUUCCCCCGUCAGCUUCCGCGAGGGACGCAGAGCCUCCGACACCUCCCUCACCCAGGGAAUUGUAGCAUUUCGACAGCACCUCCAGAACCUGGCACGAACCAAAGGAAUCCUGGAACUGAACAAAGUGCAGUUGCUGUAUGAACAGAUGGGAUCAGAAGAGGAAACUUCUCUGACAUCAACUGCCACUCAGUUGCAGGACCUCAUCAGUAGUCCUGCACAGGAGGAAGCACCUCAGCAGCAGCAGCAGCAGGAAGCUUCAUCUGCUUUCCCUAACACAGCACAUCCCCCACUGCUAUCCAGACGGCAGAGCUUGGAAACUCAGUACCUGAAACACAGGCUCCAGAAACCCACUCUGCUCUCCAAAGCUCCAAACACCUGCCAGCUCUACUGCAAGGAACUGCCACGGAGUCUGGAGCAGCAGCUCCAGGAGCACAGGUAA